AUUCAUCUCGCUGGACAGUGCCGGGAACUGCCUGCACAUCCUCGGGUUCGUGCCAAAAGCCAAUGGUACUAGCACCCCACAUGCUGGCCUACCGCUCAAGGAAUAGCCAUACUACCUGUAAUACAUCUUUGGCAACACCCUUUAAGUCACAAGCUGCAACACCUACACGCCCCGUCACUAAUACAUAUGCUUUCGUCCUCGUUUGCUGCCCCCUGAUAGGCGUAUCUCAUUUGCUAGCUAUAAAUAAGCGCGUUGCAGUAUCGUGGGUAUACUCGCUGGCGUUUUGCAAAGAAUGCUGCUUCGAUAAACAGCUUCUUGACUUGAGGGCGGCAUCAAAUGUCGAAAGCGCCAGUUGGUAAGGGCAAGAGUGCGAAGAAGGACAGAGGUCCCCUUCUCGCAGCUCACGCGGAGGCCCUUCGCAGCGGCGUGGGCGUGACGCCAGAUGGUGUCACAGUCAAGGGGAAGCUCGAGGCCGCGCUCAACAUCUGGAGCAUGGCCAUAGCCGGAGAGGAGGAGCGCGAGGAGAUCUUCAAGGCAGGCAUAGCGCCGCUGCUGCAGCAGCUGCUGGAGCGCGGCGACGUGGAGGAGCGGCAUGCGGCCAUGGGCUGCGUGUCAGUGCUGGCGCUCAGUGAGAAGCAUGUAACUGAGGUGGUCAACGCGCGGGUUAUAGCGGCGGCUGCGGGGCUACUGGUAUCCGAGCACGCGCGCGGCAAGCUGCCGGCAGUUCAGCUGCUGCAGCACUGUGCGGGGCGGCAGGAGUUCUGCAGCAAGGUGGCUGACGCAGCGCUGCCGGCGUUGGUGGAGGUGCUCAAGAGCGACGGGUUGCCAGGCUGGGGCCAGAUGCGGCAGGCCCAGACGCACGCGGCGCACACGCUGCGGCUGCUGCUGGACAACGUGGAGGGCGAGGCGCCGGAGGUUCGGCAAUUGCGCCGCAUGGCUGUGCUGCAGAUGGGCGCGGUUGCACCGCUGGCGGCGAUGGUUGCGUACACGCCCCGCCUGCCGCCGCCGGCCCUGAUGCCUGCGCCGCCGCCGGUGGUGACGAAAAAGAAAGGCGUAGCAAGCAAGAAGAAGGAGGGGGAGACGCCGCUGGGCGCCAAGGACGCGGCUGCCACCGUGGCCGCCGCCUGCCUGCGCUACCUGUCGCUGGUGCCCGAGUUCGUCGACCAGUUCAUGCGCACUGGCACGCUGCCAGAGGUGAUUGCGGGGCUGCCGGUGUGCGGCGAGGAGCAGGCGGCCUACCUGACCGGCAUCCUGUGGGAGGCCAGCGCCGAGUCGGCUGUGGCGGAGGCGGCGGUGGCGGCGGGCGCUGUGCCUGCGCUGCUGCACGUGUGCUCCAAGCACUUAGCGGGCUGCCGGACAGGCAAGCCCAAAGCGGCGGCAAAGAAGGAUGACAAGAAGGACGGCAAGGCGGGCGCGGGCAAGAAGGACGGCAAGGAUGGCAAGGGCGGCAAGGGCGGGUCGGGGUCGGGCACGGGGGGCGAGCCGCCCAACUUUGCUGACAUGGCGGUGUGCAACGCCAGCGGUGCGCUGCAGCACCUCACCUUCCUGGACGCAGCCAAGCAACAGGUGGCAUUGCGCGGCGGCGUACCCAUCCUGACCGCCUGCCUCAAGGUGUCCAACCCGCAGACGUACGAGAACGCGGCGGGGGCGCUGUGGAAUGUGGGCCUGGACGUGCGCAACAACCUGGUGCUGCAGGCUGCUGGAGCCCCCGAGUUCCUGGCGCACCCGGUGCCCAACUCCUGGCUCACACGUGGCGAGAGCACUCGGCCCAGCGCCGCCGGGGACGACGUGGGCGACUCCUCGGACGUGCGGGACCGUGUGUUCCUCACACAGGCGCCGCUCAUGUAAUUGAGAGCGACGGCUGUGGAGCUGAGACACGACUUGGCGGGAGGGACGCUGCGUGGCGCUGGCGGCCCGUGCAGGGAUUGGAGGGUGGUGUGUAGAUUGCAGAUGCAUGAGCGGAUUGAGCGGGGCGGCUGUGCAUUGGGUUGCAGCGCGCAGCUUUGCGGGGUACCUGUUGGCUGCCCGUGCAUACCGGCGUGUAACAUUAUAUGACGAUGGUUGAGGAAAGUUAGGUACAUACGAUGUAGCAGGUCGGAGUAUUUAUGACUUCAGACCACAGGCAUGAUGGCGCGCUCACCAUGUGCUUGGGCGAGAAGGAGAAGGGCCUUGGUCACUUGGUGCUCCAGUCAUUCAGUGCUUGGGCGGAUCCAGGGCCUCAGUGACGUGACGUACGAUGAGCUGCUGCGGAUUCGACUCAAAUAAGAGGAGGAAAUUACACCGCAGAGCAGGAGGCAAAGGUCGGAGAGAAUGGGAAGCGUAUGGGAAGCGCGGGGCUCCGGCACUCGGCAGGGUCUGCGGCAUGCACACGGUAUUGCAGCGCGGUCUUGUUGCGAUCCGGCGCUUGCA